GGCCUGUCAGGAGCAGCUGUAGUCCCUCCCCGGGCCGCUGAGGGCUGAGAGGGGAGCAGGCCUGCUAAAUGCUCCUGCCUCAGAGCGACGAUGGUGGAGGGCUGCUAAACAUGGCGGCGCUCUCUGAGGAUGGGAGGUACGGAUUACAUUGUGGCCAACAGAGCGCAGACAGAGUCACCGUUUUGCACGUCAAAUUGACCGAGACCGCACUGAGAGCCAUCGAGAGGUACCAAAACAGCACGAAUGUACCUUCUUUGCAGCCAACAAUACAAUUCAAGGGACUACAAGGGCGCAUUAAAAUACCUAAGACAGAUUCCUCCUCAGACGCCGCCCACAAUUUUGAUUUCUACCUGUCUAAUGUUGGCAAAGACAACCCUCAGGGAAGCUUUGAGUGCAUCCGUCAGUAUGUUUCGAGCUCAGGGGCCUCUCACCUGGCUUUGUUGGCGACGGUACAGGACAAGGUCACAAUAUGCGCCACUAAUGACUCCUACCAGGUGACCCGGGAGCGUAUGACCCAGGCUGUGGAGGACACGCGUGAACGUGGGACCAAAGUCAUCAAGCCUGGGGGCCAGUACAGAGGAAAGCAAGUCCAUGUCCGUAAGCCGGCGCUGUCAGCUCCUGAGGUUGUCCCAGAGCGCAAGCGAUCCACACCCAUCAACCCAGCCAACACUAUACGCAAGUGCCUUUCCAACAACCCUGUAUCCCAGCGGCCAUUCCGGGACCGUAUCGUUCACCUUUUGGCACUGAGGUCCUACAAGAAACUGGAAUUACUUGCCCGUUUGCAGAGGGAUGGAAUCAACCAGAAGGACCGCAACUCCUUGGGGACCACACUGCAACAGGUGGCAAACCUUAACCCCAAAGACAACACAUUUUCACUGAAAGACUUUGUUUAUCGUGACGUCCAGAGAGACUGGCCUGGUUACUCUGACGACGAGAAGACCCAGGUGGAGCGGGUCCUGGCUCGCAAACUAGGUCUUCCCGCAGAGGCGCUCUCAUCAAACAGCUCUCCUAAAGAUGGUGUACCUUCCUCCCCUCUGAAGCGCCAGCCAGAUUUUGAUUUCAUAGAUCCUUUGGCGCCAAAGAAAGCCCGCAUCUCCCACCUCAGCAAUCGAGGACCAGCCGCGUCAUUAUCCGCGUCCUCCUCAGACCGCCGUGAAGAUGAGGAAAGUCCCAGCAAUAAAUGCUCGUCCCUUCCCUCCCACGUCAUCUUGGGCCCUCCCAGCCAUCUCCCAAUUUCAUCUCACCCGCCAGCACCCUCUCACCAGCAGCCCAGUCCAGCCUCCACCUCCAACUCCCCCAGCACCCCUGAGGGCUGCGGCACCCAGGACCUGCCUGUGGACCAGAGUUCCUCCUGCAGGGACCCUUCCCCAAGCUCUUUGUCUUCUGAUAGAACCCUUCAGGAGCGUUACCAGACUCCCAUCCCAGUCACCAGACCAGCUGUCUCCCCAAGCCCUCCUCCUCGUACCUCACUUACUGUUACCUCUACUGUGAUCAGCAGCCCUCCCUUGUCCAGCAGUGACAACAAGAAGUUCAAGAAGAAGUCCAAAAAGCACAAAGACAAGGAUCGCCAACGAGACAAAGGGAAACUGACAGAAAGAGGUAGCAACAGUUCUCCAAGCGUAGCCGAACAGACUGUGGAGAGUCUCAAAUCUAAAAAGAGGCACAAUAUUGAGGACGAUAAAAGAGAAGUUCAUGACAAGAAUGCUGACACGUAUCAAGACUGCCCAGAGAAAGAGAAGAAGCCGGGCCAGUCUACUGUAUUCUCAACCACAAUUGAGGUGCCUGACUAUGAAACGAAGUACACGCCGUUGGUGUCCAUGGACCAGCGACAGAGCUACAAGAACGACUUCAACGCAGAGUAUGAUGAGUACCGUCUGCUGCACGCACGUGUAGAGAACAUCACUCGCCGCUUCACACAGCUGGAUUCACAGUGCCGGAAGCUGACUCCUGGCACCAAAGAGCAUCAGAAGGUGCAAGAAGAAGUCUUGAAAGAGUACAAAAAGAUGAAACAACACAGCCCCAACUACCACGGGGACAAACAGCGCUGUGAGUACCUGCACAACAAGCUGGCGCACAUCAAGCGGCUGAUAGCAGAUUUUGACCAGCGGCGCGCCCAAACCUGGUGCUGAGUUGCCACGUCACUGAUCAGUAUUGCGAAUGGAGUGUCGAAAAUUGCUGCCUCGCUCUCCCUUCCUUCGCUCUCCCUUCCUUUGCCCUCCUCCCACUCUUUUUUUUUUCUUUCAUUCCUUCCUUUUCCAAGCUUUGAUUCCACCGGCUGCAUUAUGGCCUGAGAUAUUCUGACUCCUUUCCCCCCCCCCACCUUUUUUUUUUUUUUUCCCCUCUCUCUCGCUCUGAGGUCCUGUGGAUAUUUCCACCAGUGGGGGGGGGGCUGCAUGAGGAGUGAAUGGCUUUUGGGGAAAACAUUUCCUAUGUUUGAAGGACUUCAUCUUGCAGGAAAAAAACAACAAAAAAGUAUUUUUGAGCUUAAGAGAAACUAUUGUAUUUAAGAAAAAUAAGAGGGAGAUCUAUUUAUUUUGGGACUCGUAGUGAAAAGGGGUCCAGGAUUUAUUCACUUUUGUUAAACAAUGCAAAAAAAACAAACAAAAAAAAAACACCAACAAUUUACCGUGGGCCUUAUGUGUUUCGACAUUGUGAAGCCAUUUUGCACAUAAGAUGCAGAUGUCAUCUCAUUUGGCAAAGAUGUCUUCUGCCUCAUUGCAGACUUCUCAUGCUGCUGGAUGUCACAUGACAAGGGGCCGAGCAUGAGAACCAACUGCAAGGGUGUGAGACGACGAUAUUAGUGAGCUGAUGUGUGCAUGGAUUGUAAACAGUUAUAAUGGCCAUGUGGGGUGUUGAGGCAGGGGGAACUAAAGGUAAACUAUUCCCUGCUUCAACAGUGUCGUGUCCAUGGUGCAUUAUGGGUGCCUUAAGGAGUUUACACUCAAUGUUGGCGUAGGUUGACCCUUAUGGCGCAUAGUCUAUACAAAGGAACUACAACUGCCUGGAAACAGGUUGUGUUUAAAUGUUGCGUGUGUGUGUGUGUGUAUCAGAAGUGGGAAAGAAGGGAUGUGAAGCAUGGAAGGUGUGUUACAAAUCGUAUGAGUGUCUGCCUCAAUGGUCGUGCUCCAUGUGGUGUGCAAGAUUAAGAAAACAACUGAAAAUGUGGAUGGGGGGGAAAAAAAGCAACGUGAAAAAAUGAAAGGGGUGGGGGGGCUGCAAUAGUGUCUGGCCAGCCAGAGCACUCAGGAUCAACCUGGCUGGAGUAACAAAGACGUUUGACGGUCCAGACUCGCCUCUUCUCUUGUGUGUUUAUGGUUAUUUACCAAGGUCAUCCACCACAGGCAAUUGUAUCAUGAUGUCAAAUGUAUUUGAUCAGUUUGAGUUCUGCAGAGCAUUGAAAGACUUCAGAGUAGAUUUUUUUUUUUCUUCCAACAUUGAUGCUUAUUGGUAGUAUGCAAAGAAUGCAUUCUGAGAAAUGACAAGGAACAUUUGAGUCUUUAUGUUAACAAGGGAAAAGUUGUUUACAAAGCCUGUGUCAGAAUCUCGGCAAUUAAAUUCUACUCUGGUAAACUUCCCUGGAGUAGGAUUUCUGAUUGGUGACUGGACUGACUUAGGAGAGGUUAUACCUGAACACACAUCUCAUUUUAAUCACUCGGUUCUUAAAACGAGCACCAGUAUGCAUUCACCAGUGAUGAGUGGUCAGAGAUGCACCACGGCUAGUAAACAAAUGUGAGUCUGGACAAACGCAAAUACACCAUUUCACAGUUCUUCACUUUACAUUACCUUUCCCCAGGUUUCGGAGACACAAUCACUGUCCAGGAUCCACUCAAUGAGCUCAGUAUUUUGGUUCAUUGAUGCCGCCGAUAUUAGCCAUUGCUGAUAUAGUACUGGGUCCCAUUGUACCAUCUCUAAUGCAGGAGUGAAGGUGUAUUACAUUCUGAACAUGAAGUACACCUGUGUCACCACCGAGCCAAAGAUGGAGCCUGUAGUUGAAUUUGUCUCAUGACUGGGGUUAAUCAGACGUCUUAAAUUAGAUAGUGGAGAAAAGGAAAUACAAAUAACCUGCCAGUAUUCAGCCACUGACUUAAAAAAGGAGAGAGAAUCCAAUUAAUAUGAAACUGUACAAAACAUUUCAAUAAAAAUCCACUUGGCUUAAA